CUCGAGGCGUGAGGUCAUCGGAACGGUGACGACAGCAGCGGCGCCGCGCGUGGGGCGCGGGGGGAGUCGGCCCGGCCGCCGUCAAAGGGAGUUUGCAACAAGUACUUUCAGACAAUCAGGUUCCAGUUAGCGAAAACGAUGUUUGCGGAUUUGGAUUAUGAUAUUGAGGAAGAUAAGCUAGGGAUCCCCACUGUACCUGGAACAGUGACCCUGAAGAAGGACUCCCAGAACCUGAUUGGGAUCAGCAUUGGGGGAGGAGCACAAUACUGCCCCUGUCUCUAUAUUGUCCAGGUAUUUGAUAACACUCCAGCAGCCUUAGAUGGGACCGUGGCAGCGGGCGAUGAAAUCACAGGGGUCAAUGGCAAGUCUGUCAAAGGGAAGACCAAGGUGGAAGUUGCCAAGAUGAUACAGAUGGUAAAGGGAGAAGUGACAAUUCACUACAACAAACUUCAGGCUGACCCAAAGCAGGGCAAGUCUUUGGAUAUCGUAUUGAAGAAGGUAAAGCAUCGACUGGUGGAGAACAUGAGCUCAGGGACAGCAGAUGCCCUGGGGUUAAGCCGAGCCAUCCUUUGCAAUGAUGGAUUGGUGAAGAGAUUGGAGGAGCUGGAGAGGACUGCAGAACUGUACAAAGGCUUGACAGAACACACCAAGAGUCUUCUCAGAGCUUUCUUUGAGCUCUCCCAGACGCACAGAGCAUUUGGAGACGUUUUUUCUGUCAUUGGUGUCCGGGAGCCUCAACCAGCUGCCAGUGAAGCUUUUGUGAAAUUUGCCGAUGCCCAUCGCAACAUUGAGAAGUUUGGGAUUCACCUUCUGAAGACGAUUAAGCCGAUGCUGACCGACUUGAACACGUAUCUGAAUAAAGCCAUUCCUGACACAAGGCUGACUAUCAAAAAAUACCUGGAUGUCAAGUUUGAAUAUUUGUCUUACUGCCUGAAAGUCAAAGAGAUGGAUGAUGAAGAGUACAGCUGCAUUGCUCUGGGUGAGCCCCUCUACCGGGUCAGCACUGGGAACUACGAGUACCGCCUUAUCCUGCGUUGCCGCCAGGAGGCUCGCACACGUUUUGCCAAGAUGAGGAAAGAUGUGCUAGAGAAAAUAGAGCUCCUAGACCAGAAACAUGUGCAAGACAUCGUGUUCCAGCUCCAGCGUUUUGUCUCCACAAUGUCAAAGUACUAUGACGACUGCUAUGCUGUGCUCCGAGACGCGGAUGUCUUUCCCAUUGAGGUGGACCUUGCCCGCACUACUCUGAACUAUGGGCAGAAGGACACGUACACAGAUGGGGCAGAAGAAGAAGAAGGAGAAGGAAGUGAGAGAGAGAGUAGUGGGAAGGAGGAUGCAAAUGGUGAAAAGCUCAUUGAUGAUGCCUGAAUGUGCCAGUAUGGCACGGAGAAAAUGACUUUGCAGACUGUUAUGAAAACAUGUAUUUUACAUGGCGAUUCA